AGGGAUGACGGACCUUUGGGAUUGCUUUGGCUUCCGGGGAUGACCCCGUGCGAAUGUUCGAAGGGGCAUGGCAAAUAACCUGGCGGGAGGGGUUUGAGUUUGCAGACCCGGAACAAGAUGAUGUAACGGCAGAGGUAAAAGUCGCCGCGGCAGGGGUUUUCGAGCUGCCAAACGAGGUCGUACAGACGAGUCUACCUCCGUUCCCGCUAAGACAAGUGGGAGGCAUAGAACGAGUGGAGCAGGCGGUGACUGCCGUAACUAGGCUAAAUUUUGACGAAGCAUUAAUAUAUCGAGAAUAUUAUCGGGCCUUUCUAGAGAUGGGGCCUUUCGGGGACGAACAAGGGCGCGAGGUGCUUUGUAUUCUAAGAGCAGCAGUAAAUGCUAGGCCAAGAGUUCCACAAAUAAGUGAUGAGACGAUGUGGAGAGUCAUCCGGCGAGAGGUAGGUCGGGGCGCGGCCUACAUAGAUGAUUUCUACCGACUGUACGAACAGCAAGAGGAGGCUACUGCUCCCGGGGAACUAAGCAAAAUGGCAAUGGAGGAGGAGACAGAUAACCGUAAGAGUGAAGGAGAACCAGGCUUAGAAGGCAGUGCCGCGCAAAGCGAAGGGGGGCAGAAGGACAGAGAAUCGAUAAAUCCGGAUGGUACCAAAGGGAACCGGAAGGAAAUCUUCAUAAUAGAAAGCUCGGGGAAAGCCGGGGGAAGCAGGCAAGGGACCCAAGGGACCAAGGAAGGCAUAAAUAAGGAUAGGACAAGCCCCCGAAACUCGGAAGGAGCCAUGCCUAAGAAAGUAAGGGUCACAGACACAAGGCGCAAACUAGCCGAGAUAGAGAAGAGGACCGCAGAAUAUAAGGCAAGACUGAUUGAGGAAAUGGUGACUGGGAACGAAGAAGGUCCUCUGCAGAAGGAACCCCGGGACGAACGGAAAGCCAGCCAAGCUCCGGGGCGCGGACCGCAUGCCAACUUUAUUUUGGAAAGCGACGGACGUGAUAGGGUGAACGCAACCACUCAACUGGGAACGGCCGGGAGAAGGAUUAACCGUGACACCAUUAUGGAGGAGGUCGCCGGAAGCUCUGAACCCCAGGCGGAGCCUGAGGCCGAGGAACCAGAAAAAGUCUAUGGGAAGCUUAGGGAAGAGGAGCCCGCGGACAAGGUUACCGCCGCUAAGAAGAAGUUUAGGUAUCAAAUCCCGAUCUUAACCUUGCCUGAGCUCGACGACACCAUUAGCAAGUUACUAGGAACCAUGGUGUCGGUGUCUUUUCAGGCCAUGCUGCAGGCUAGCCCUAGGUUGCUCAAAGAGCUCAGACAACUGUUGACUCGGAGGCGAGUAGGAAUAGGCGACAACCCCGAAUUACCAGAAGGGGAGAGAGAGGAGGAAGCUCCGCAAGAAGUGGCUAACCUUCAGAGGAGUCACGGGGAGUUGGAGGAUCUCGAAAAGGUCUUUGCAUACAUUCGUUUGAGCUUGCCCGACCAAGAGGGCGGAGAAGUCAUGAGAUCGCCACCCGGGACGAAGCUUAGCUUUCAUGCGCUGCGCGUAGGGAAACUGAAAAUUCAGAUCGGAAGUCAUCAUACCGACGCAUUAGUAGACGGGGGAGCAGAAAUCACUCUCAUAAGGAGAGAUUUUGCAACGAUCGCGGGAUGUACGUUGAACAAGGAAGUAACAGGGAGCAUCCGGGGAGCUGGCGGGGAAAUCCCGUUCGCUGGGUACGUCACGAAGUGUGCUGUGAAGGCAGGGGUCAGGGAAUCGAUCUGGUCGUUUCAGCGGAUGACCGUAAUGGAGGAAAUGGACCACGACAUAAUCCUCGAGAGACCUUGGUGCGCGAACGUAGAGAUGAUAGGCAUGCACUUGCACGAUGGCUCAUACAUGGUAGACAUAGAGGACCCUGUGACCGGCUGGGGAGAGCUCCUCCGACUCCUUGGAACGGGAGGAGACCCCCCGAAGGGGAAAUCGACAACAUGGUCGUCGUCGUUCGAGGAUAGCACGUCGAAAGGGGUUUUCGCACGGAUGGAUGGUAUGAGAGAAAGGGUAGAAAUCAUGAUUGAGGAAGCAUUCAACAAAAAAGAGUGGAUCAAGAUGGGCCUGCCCCAAAAGAAGAGGAGGCAGGAGGACGAAGUCCUAGGUGUUAUGGUAGCGGAAAAGGAGUCAGAGGUCCAACUUGGUGCUAGCCUGCCCAAACGGAAAGAAGUGUGCAUAGACGUGCUGGAAAUCGCACUCGAGAUCCCCGAUCUAUUGCAACUCAUCAAGGCCCUCAGAUACCACAAGGUAGGAGUGGAUUCGGGAGCCUUGGUCAAGUUCGAAAGAGAGGUGCAAAAGGGAUAUUGCCUGAAUGGGAAACUAGUUAGUAUUCAACCACGAGUCGUAGAGGCGACGGGGGCAAUUCCGACUGUUCAUUUUUUAGAAGAAAGAUCCCGGAAGGAAGUGUUCGAAAGUACAAGUCGGAAGCCGGAUCCGGCAAAAACCGACAAGAUAUCACAAUGGCCGACACCGUUGCGCACGACAACGGAGGUAAGGGCAUUCCUAGGUGUAGUCGACUUUUGGAGGAUCUUCAUUAAGAACUUUGCCAAGAUUGUUGAGCCUAUCCGAGCUAUGAUCAGGGAAGAAGGAACCAUGGAUUGGGCGGAGGAGCGAGAAGGAGCUGUCCAAAGGCUCAAGGACAUAUUGACAUCUGAGACAGUCGCCCUGUCCACGCCUUGUUUUAAUGACGAAGUGGGACGGACCUUCAUCCUAGAGACGGAUGGAGGACCUUUGGCCGUAGGAGGUGUGUUGAUUCAAAAGGAUGAGGGAGGAAAAGAGAGGCCGAUUAGGUUCGAAAGUAGAACCCUGAACUCCACUGAACGACGGUACUCACAAUUCAAGAAAGAAGUCAUAGCCAUCCUGCAUUGCCUUAAGACCUUCCAGGCCUACCUAUUUGGGAGGCGGUUCAUCUUAAGGAUCGAUCCGACGAAUGUCGCAAGGGCUCUUAAGAAUUACAGGCCUAUAUAUCCGACGGUAGGGAGAUGGGUAGGAUUCAUCUGGCAGUUCGAUUACAAGAUCGAACGGAUUGCUGGAAUCUGCAACAAGGCAGAUGGGCUGAGUCGGGUUUGCAUCACUCCCGAAGGCAUGAAGGAUGCAGAGCCCAUAGACGCCUUCCUCGAAUACGAAGGAGGGACUCUCGCGAUGGAUAACGAAAUGAUGAGCGAGGGAUGCACAUCGGGAGAGCUAUUGAUCCAGACUUUGGAGAAGGGAGCACCUGUCGUAGUAGCAGAACUUAGAAAAGGACUAGUUACCACUCGAGGACGCAGAGAAGAAAAGGACUCAUGGGGAACGAUAGUAGGACCGAAAGAGGAGCUAAUAGCAAUGGCGGUCGAAGGAGGCCGGGAGGCAGUGAUGAGCUUAGUGGAAUCUUGGGAAAGGAAAGAGUUGCAAGAGUGGUAAACCAGAUGCAGGAAGGAAAGGAUGAGGGCAAGGAAGGAGAGAAGUUUUUCUAUGUCCAAUCCUACGAAGGGCUCUUUCGGGAGAUCGGAUUGUUGUUGGUAGGAAACAAACAACCUACGGAAGU